AUAUUUCCUACCAUAGCAAGGAAGGCACUCCUGCAAAAAGAACUUGCCUGAUCACAACAACCCACUCGAUCACUCGCAAGCGUUCGCGAUCACCCCGCUUGAAUUCCUAAGGAGAGAGCACAUCAUCGGCUCUCUCUCUCUCCCCUCCUCCUUCCGCGCAUCUGAAACGUGCCUUUCUCUCUUUGGUUCCUUCUGUGCUGCAGUUUCUCACACGUGGUGAUGAAUUCAAACCAUCUGUAAGUAACUGCUUCGCGCGCACUCUCGCGCUGGGCGCUUGUAUGGUAGGCAGUACAUUUUUGUGAGUGUACGGUUACAUUCGAAGCGUGAUCGGCGCUAGCAGCGCAGUUCUUUCUCGCCGUUCUCAGUUGUAUCCCUGCAGCGGCUAAGCUUGGGCGGUCCACGUGGGCAACAAGGCGCCAAGAAUGCGGAAGGCUGGCUGGGCGCGGUGCACCUGACCAAGCAGGCCAGUCCUGCAGGUAGGCUCUCCCUGCGGCUUAGGAGUCCUGCGGGCGAACACGCUUUCCCGCCACGGGUGCCUGUUUUCGUGCAGUCGCCGGGCGCAACGGCCCGUCCGCAGACGACGCGCGCGUGAGUCAGCUGAAGCUGGCAGCAGCUGCGGCCGUCAGCGUCGCCGCUAUUGGGCCCCGGCUGUCACGUAGGCCCCGGCGCUAGACGCAAUGUUGUCAGUGCGCGUCGCCAGGACGUGCUGGCACGUGUGCGCGGAGCCCCAGGCGGAAUCGAUCGCGGUGCGUUGGUCGCGUGGCCCGGGACCUCAUGACGCGCGUGUUUACGUCACGGACCCGAAUCGAUGCGUGACGUCGCAGCGCGUCUUAUGUCUGCCUGCGCUUCCCCAUUCAGGGCUGUAGAGACGUCACCGAACGCGGCGCUCGGGAUUGGAGCCGUGACGUCACGACCCGUGGUUGCGUCAUGACCGCUCCCUUUCGGCUCACGGCCGCUAUAAAAGCUCGCCGGCGGCCGGUGCGCCCGGAUUUUGACGCAAGUUUGCCGACCUCUCAGACACAUUCAUGCAGGCAGCCUCGUCUUCGCUCAACGGGACAGCUCGCGAGAGAGGCCCUCUUACAGCGUACGUCGGCACCGGCCAUCUGUAACCAGCCUCCGGAUACCAGCCAUACCAUUUGCAAGCUCGUCGAGCACCGAGCACACUGCCGCACUGACCAGCAACCAGAUCAUGGAGCAAUGUGGUUCGUAUAUCCGGAUUUUCUGACAUGUGUGGCCGACAGACGGACAGGACCGUAUCUCUACUCUCUCAAACAAGUGGUGCGUCAUGUGGACAAUGGAUUUCAAUUAUACAACAAGCCGAAUCAUCUCGUGUCAAAAUCCCUCGCGGUGUCUGAGCCGGAAGACCAGCCCAGCCCGAGUGCAGCUGCAAGCUCAGCGGGAUCGGAACCCAGCACGGAGCUCGAGUCUGCCUCCCAGGCUCUGGCGACAAUUGGGGCUGCACCGUCAGAAACCAUGCUGCUCCUUGAAUCACCGCAGAGCGCGGCGUUAACUUCCACGAGCAGCCUCUUACACGCCGACUACCUCUCAUCCUCGUUCACAGCCGAGGAAUCGUUAUCGCUGAGCGAGGAGCUCAAGCUCCCCGGUCUCGAUUUAGUGGGAGCGCAGAUUCCUUCUGAGGUAUUCGGCAGCACCGUGAGAGAAGUCUCCUCUUACCAGGAGAUGUUCCAGUCGGGCUUCCCGGUGGUCAGCAGUCCUUCCCUCACCGAGCAGCCGACACCUUUGACUCCCUUGAGCAUUUCACCUGCAAACCCCUCGGCCCUGCCCAGCUUCGAGGAGACGUACUCGCCCAGGUACAGGCGGGACAUCACACACUCCGGCGUGUUUUCCUUCAAGUUCGAAGAGCUGCGCUCGGACACCGAGCUGCCGGCUGAGGCCGGUAGCCCUGAGGCCUACCAGGUGUCCGUGGGCGGCUUCUCUCCUAAGCCUCACGCGUCCACCAGCUAUCGGCCACCGUUCACGCCGCCACCUCCGCCGCCGCAGCCAAUGGCUGGCCCAUCCCAGGAGUUCUACAAGACAGAACCGCCGUCGUACCAGAGCUCAAGCUGCUAUGUGCAGUAUCAGGCUGAGCAGGAACAUGCUAAAGCCGGCUUCUCGGGCUACCUUCACCCGUCGCCACCCGUGUUCCAGAAGGGACUCGUGUUCCCGGGACCUUCAGAAAGCUCCAGCUUCAGCCUCGUUUCGGCCGGUUCCUCGUCCUCCCUCGCAUCGUUCCCAGGCGACCUGACGCCGCCACUGCCCAGCCCUGGGGGCACGUGGCCGCAGGCCCGCAAGCCGGCGCUCCUCAAGGCUGCCGCUGCCGCUACCAGCGAGCCAGGUGGACGGUUGGCCCCGCCGUCGGCUCCCGGAACGCCCCCGGCGUCGGGAUCGAGCGCGGCCUCGUCGCCUCCGCCCGCCACCCCGUCCUACCAGCUGUGUGCCGUGUGUGGCGACAACGCCGCCUGCCAGCACUACGGCGUCAGAACCUGCGAGGGCUGCAAGGGAUUCUUCAAGAGGACAGUUCAAAAAGGAGCCAAAUAUGUGUGCCUUGCUAACAGAGACUGUCCAGUCGACAAGAGGAGAAGAAACCGCUGCCAGUUCUGCAGGUUUCAGAAAUGUCUCGCUGUCGGAAUGGUCAAAGAAGUUGUGCGGACGGACAGCCUUAAGGGACGACGGGGCAGGUUGCCUUCGAAGCCCAAGAGUCCCCAGGAGUCCCCGCCAUCGCCGCCGGUCAGCCUCAUCACGGCACUGGUCAGGGCCCACGUGGACACCUCUCCAGAUCUCGCCAACAGGGAUUACUCGUUGUGCCAGGAGAUGCCGGUCGAUGAAAGCCGCAGGACUGCAGCUGAAGUUCAGCAGUUCUACAAUUUAUUGACCUCGUCGGUUGACGUCAUCAAGACGUUCUCCGAAAAGAUUCCGGGAUUCAAUGAACUGGAGAAAAGCGACCAGGACCUUCUCUUCCAGUCUGCUAGCCUCGAGCUUUUUGCCCUUCGACUGGCAUACAGGAUCAGGCAGGAAGAUGACGAGUUCACUUUCUGUAACGGCGUCGUCCUCCACCGAACUCAGUGCGAGAGGAUCUUCGGGGAAUGGUUGGCUGCCAUCUUCGAGUUCUCGAGAAGCCUGCACGCCAUGCAGAUAGACAUAUCUGCGUUCGCCUGCCUCGCAGCACUGACGCUCGUGACUGAGCGACACGGCCUCAAGGACGGUGCCAAGGUGGAGCGGCUCCAGAUGAAAAUCAUCGGGUCGCUGAGGGACCACGUGACGUACAACAGCGAGGCCCAGAAGAAGCCACACUACUUCUCGCGACUGCUGGCCAAGCUGCCGGACUUGCGCAGCCUGAGCGUACAGGGCCUGCAACGCAUCUUCUACUUGAAGCUCGAAGACCUGGUGCCCGCGCCGACGGUCAUCGAGAACAUGUUCGUCUCCAGCCUGCCGUUCUGAAGGCUGUGCGCCCGAACAUUCGCCCUCCGCACAUCGGAUCAUCCCCUCUUGUUUUGUCCCGCGUGGUUGUUGUCAAUCUGCCUUCGGUACCCGGCCGGGGCCGUCUCACAAUAAUGAUUGUGAUAGCAGUCGCGUCGUCCGUUUUCUCGUGUGUCUUGUCGAGGCGUUUCUUUGUGAUCCCACCCUCCUCACUCGCGCGCCCUUCCGGCGCUUCGUUUGUGUGUUCGUGUCCUGCACCCGGGGACUAGACCGGCGACCGCGAGAGCCACGCUCCGUAAAAGUGGCCGGCGCACGCCAUAGUCCUAUCGCUCGCGCACUCUCACCGUGGUAUGGCAUUUGUUUGCAUCGCACCCGUGAACAUUUUUAGAACUUGUGUAUUCCCCUUUGUAUGUGGCUCACUAUCACCUCUCAUGCGCUAUUUAUUUGCGUACACCCUGCGUCACCCGAGAGAGAGAGAGAGGCCCGCCCGGGCCCUCCAUACUUACACGAGCCGUCAGUGCUCCGCUAGACCGGCGUCGUGCCGCGCUACCGUUAGUCCCUUCGGCAGAGCCCAUUCUAGUCAGCCAGCUCGCCCUCUGUUUCGUUCGCAUUUCGAGUAAGCGUAUUCCGAGAUUGAGCACAUGUUGAAGCUGAGCGCCCUUUCUUUUUGGGAUAUAUAUUCAUAUACGUUAUAUACACGCCGUACAUGAUAUACUGGUCCCCAAGGCGCACGUGUUGAAAAAAUGUUUCUCGAGUCUAUUUUGCUGUUGGAUCUAGUCAAAUGUUAUGUGUGUUGCCCGGUACACAGAAGCGGACGGCCCGUAUUCCGUGUACUGUACCCUUAUUUGCUCGAUAUGCUGUAUUCGCUUUCUAUUUCAUCUUGUGGUGUCCUGCCCAUUAAACGAUCGGCGGUCAGUCGGUUAGCACUUGUUGGUAACUGGUCUCGCAGACCCACCGGAAAGGAAGAAAAAGGCAGAACGAGAGAGAAUGCCAUGGGUACUCGCUCUUGACAAGUCAUGUACAAAGAGAAGAGCCUGCCUUUCGUAUUUUUCUGUACAGCAGACGCGGCGACACGAUACACACACGAGACCCCUCACUGCCUUCCAGCAACAUUCCCCGCUACUUCGUGGCUAGACCAACUUAGUUACUGCGCUCUCGUGGAUGGCGCCCGGAGAGUAUCGAAACAUUCCACAAGCCGUUGGCUUCCUCUGUGCGCCCUUCAUUUUGCUUUCUUUCACGCUGUCUCUUCGCAGACCUGCAAUCGGCUCUCACGAUGUCAGCUUAUUUCCUCGAAUAUGUUUAGUGUUCAUUUCUUUGAGCUUGAGCGCAUAUAUGUGCAUAUAUAUACAGAUAUAAAUAAUAUACCAACGCGUGUACAUAAGAUACAUACAUCAAAACCACCAGACAAACAGGCACGUGCUUUUGGCACCGGCAUCUUAAAGUCAAGGUUGCUCUAGUCUUUAGACAGUUUUAUUUUUAUCUGUCGACGUUUUUCACUUAGAUUGUUGUUGAAGAGUGCGGCUGUUUCGGUGUCUAGGGAACCAAUAUAUGUCGAUAGUACAAAAAGAUACGGGAGCUGCGCGCGGAAUUCCCGAGGCAAGUACACAAGACAGGUCCGGCGUCUCGCGUCGUCCGCGCCGUGCUUGCGCCCUGCCCGAUGCUCACGCUUCAAAAGCACCGCGGCGGUCGCGCGCGCGCGGCGCUUAGCUCUAGCCUUGCCCCUGCCGUUGCCCCUCCUUACAGACGCCCAGUCCGCCUACGCCCGUAUAUAGUGUCGCGACUUGGGGCCUGGAUGGGAACGGUAACGGUACAGCGGUAACGGUAUCAAAUACCCCCAUCCUGUCCGCGCACCGCCUCGCUGGUGCGGUCCUGCGAGCACGUCCCAAGCGUAACCCGCCUCGCCUCCGCGAGCGACUCGCUCACGGCAGGUCGCACCGGCCGAGCCCACACACCGCCGGCAACACGCCAAGGGUCCCAGCGAGGCGAAUAUGUGACGGGGCUCGUUCCGUUCGGCCCGUGGAGAAAGCGACCUGCAUAUGGCGUGCAGCCGAACUAGCGUUGCGGGUGACAUACCGGAUGUUCGCCCUUGGCGGCGUCUGCGUCGGCGAGGCUCCUGGGACCGCGCCUGCGGCCCCCCAAAACCGACCAAACUUGCAUGACGUGCGGUCCCGCCGUCGUCCACCACCACUGUUCGUUCGAGUCGUUGUCCGUUCUGUUGCCGUUCGUUAGGGAGGGCAUCUGCCGGAGUACUCGUUUCCGUCACCAUCCCAGAAAUACUGUGCUGACCAGAAGACUGUAACAUGGUUCACGGUUCUCUUUGUGCUUUCAACCGCCCUUUUUAUGUUGUUGUUGUUGUUUUUCUUGAAAGACGUGAGUGAAAUACAGAAUUUGUUGCUGUUGU